AUGUCGACGAAACGACGUCGUCGCCGCAACAGUGAAUCGAACGAUCUCAUCGAGUCGACAUCUCCAACUGGACAAGAUGAACACGAGAAGUCUGAUUUACGUGGCGAUAAACGCAACAUUGCCGUACUUCUGUUCCUCUACAUACUGCAGGGCAUACCCAUUGGCCUCAUAGCUGCUGUGCCAAUGCUGCUGCAGAAUCGCGGUGCCAGCUACAAACAACAGGCGGAGUUCUCCUUUGCCUAUUGGCCGUUUAGCAUCAAGUUGCUGUGGGCGCCCAUUGUGGACUCGUUGUAUGUGCGUCGCUUUGGUCGGCGCAAAUCGUGGCUGGUCCCAGUGCAGUAUCUGCUUGGUGGUUUCAUGCUGCUGCUAUCGGCGCAUGUGGAUCGCUGGCUGGGCGGCGAUGGUGUGGAGCCCAAUGUGCCGAUGCUAACGCUGCUGUUCUUUGUGCUUAAUUUCCUAGCUGCCACACAGGAUAUUGCUGUGGAUGGUUGGGCGCUGACCAUGCUGAAGCGUUGCAAUGUUGGUUACGCCUCCACCUGUAAUAGUGUGGGACAAACUGCUGGUUAUUUCCUUGGAUAUGUGGUGUUUAUUAUCUUGGAGUCAAAGGACAUUUGCAACUGGUAUUUGCGUGAUGUGCCUUCGGAUGAGGGCAUGGUAACACUACCGCGAUUCCUUUACUUCUGGGGCAUCACAUUCAUAGUGGCCACCACAUUAGUGGCCAUCUUCAAGAAGGAGAACGACGUUGAGGAUGCGCACACAGAUGCCCGGUACAAGGAGGAACACGAGCUCAACAUACACGAGAGCUACAAAGUCCUGUGGGAUAUAGUGCGCAAACGUCCCGUACAAAUUCUGGCGGCCAUACUGCUCACCGUCAAGGUGACGUUUGCCGCCUCCGAUGCCGUGACGUCGCUGAAACUGAUCGAUGCUGGUGUGCCCAAGGAGAAGCUGGCAUUGCUGGCCAUGCCUUUGAUACCGCUGCAGAUCAUCUUGCCCCUCUUUGUGGGCAAAUACACGAAUGGCCCGCGACCCAUGGACUUGUAUCUGAGAGCGAUACCAUGGCGCAUUGUUUUGGCGACGGUGGCCACAUUUAUUGCCUACGCAACGCCAUAUCUAAUCUCAGGUGGCGAGGUUCCCUUCUAUUACUAUGUGCUGCUCGUUACCAGCUACGGCUGCUAUCAAGUAUUUUUGUAUUCCAUGUUUGUGGCUGCCAUGGCGUUCUUUGCCAAGAUCUCGGAUCCAGCUGUGGGCGGCACCUAUAUGACAUUCCUUAACACACUGUGCAAUCUGGGUGGCAAUUGGCCCAACACUGUGGUGCUGUGGCUGGUGGAUGUACUCACCUUUAAGCAGUGCAGCACUCAGUCCACAAAUCUCUGCCUCAACAAAGAAGAGCUGCAGGAGUGCACCAAGAGUGGAGGCAAAUGCGAAAUAACCUUUGAUGGUUACUAUCUGGAGGCUGCUUUCUGCGUCGUCUAUGGCAUCAUUUGGCUGCUCGUUGUGCGCAAAUGGAUACGCUAUCUGCAGGAUCUGCCAAAACGCGACUGGUCUGUGGUUGCGCCGAUUGCCAAGAAGCAGAGGUAGCAAUUAAUUGUUUGAUCUUCGAUCUGCGCACAGAGAAAACCCAUCGAUCUGCGCACAGUCAUUUUUUGUUAGAGUACAAGAAGCUAUACACUAGUGAACUAGGACUAGGACCAUUUAUGCAUUCUAGGCUAGACAAAUUAUAAAUUUUUGUAAACGAAGACCGUAUUGUUUUGUGUAAACUUAAAAUAUUCCAAAGGAAAUAAAAUUCAAUGUUGAGCAUAUUUGAAACCAA